AUGGCAGAAGUCAUAGAACUGCAGAAGCUCAAGCUGGCAGAGCUGAGGCAGGAGUGUGAAGCCCGAGGCCUUGAGACCAAAGGAAACAAAGGAGAACUCAUUGCACGACUACAGGCCUAUCUGGACGAGCAUGAGGAAGAUGUGGAUGUCGACGAUGUUCUCGCAGAAGAUGCAGAGGACAUGAUUAAAGUGGAGAGUGCGAGUCCAGUGAAGAUGUCUAAAGCUCCAGACACCCCUCAAUCUGAUGAAGCUGCUAAAAAAGUGGUGAAAAUUGAACCUCCAUCAUCCAGUGAAAGACUUCUGAAGAGAGCAGAGCGUUUCAACAUGCCAGCGACUCCGGAGAACAAGAAGGCCCAGCGUGCAGCCAGGUUCGGCCUUCCUGCUGAUGCAAAGAGUCCCGCCCUAGGUUCUGUCGCAACAGGAAAACCUGGUGUGAGUGCUGAUCAGCUGAAGAAGAGGGCAGAGCGGUUUGGAGUGAACGUCUCUUCCAUUUCACAAAAGAUGGAAGAAGAUGAGAAGCUAAAGAAGAGAAAAGAGAGGUUUGGGGCUCAAACUGCAACUGCCACAGCGUCACCUGAUGUGGAGGCAAAGAAGUUGAAGCGUGCCGAGCGAUUUGGGAUGGCGUAA